AAAAAAAAAAAAAAAAAAUAUUAGUGCUCUCUAGGCUUCACUGCUAGAGCUCUCAGAAUUCAGAGGCUUCUUUUAUUUAUAACUACAAAAAGCGCAGAAACCCAGUCUCAGAGACACACCCACGCACAAAAAUGGCGGAGACCGUGGUGCAACCAAGCCGAUCGAGGGACCUCGACAAGCUCUUACUCCGCCCCGGCAAUAUUAUCGGCAAUAACUUCGAUCCUGGCCAAGAAUUGAGAGAUGACCUUGCAGAAUAUGUAAAAGUGUUAGUGGUAGGAGCUGGUGGAUUGGGAUGUGAGUUGUUAAAGGACUUAGCUUUAUCUGGUUUCAAAAAUCUCGAGGUUAUAGACAUGGACACGAUCGAGGUCACCAAUCUCAAUCGCCAAUUUCUCUUUAGAUUUGAAGAUGUUGGUAAGCCAAAAGCUGAAGUUGCUGCAAAGCGUGUCAUGGAAAGAAUUAGUGGCGUGAAUAUCAAGCCACAUUAUUGCCGGAUUGAAGAAAAAGACAUUGAUUUUUAUAGUGAUUUUAGUAUAAUUGUUCUUGGUCUUGAUUCAAUUGAAGCUCGGAGCUACAUCAAUGCUGUAGCUUGUAGUUUUCUAGAGUAUGACUCUGAUGAUAAACCCCGAGAUGAAACAAUGAAACCUUUAGUAGAUGGUGGGACUGAAGGUUUCAAGGGCCAUGCUAGGGUUAUUAUACCAGGGGUCACGCCAUGCUUUGAGUGCACCAUCUGGCUUUUCCCCCCUCAAGUAAAGUUCCCCUUAUGCACCCUUGCUGAAACUCCUAGAACUGCUGCUCAUUGUAUUGAAUAUGCCCACCUAAUCAAGUGGGAUGAGGUUCAUAGUGGAAAGACUUUUGAUCCAGAUGACCCAGAGCAUAUGAAGUGGAUCUAUAAUGAGGCUGUCAAGAGAGCUGAGCUUUUCGGCAUUCCAGGAGUCACAUAUUCUCUUACUCAGGGUGUUGUGAAGAACAUUAUUCCAGCUAUUGCUUCCACUAAUGCAAUUGUAUCAGCUGCAUGUGCACUUGAAGCUUUGAAGAUUACGACAGGAUGCAGCAAAACUCUAUCAAACUAUUUAACGUAUAAUGGGGCAGAAGGGCUUCACACUAAAGUAACUGAAUUUGUAAGAGACAAGGACUGUCUCGUAUGUGGCCCAGGUGUUCUUAUUGAGCUGGAAACUUCGGUUACUCUGCAAAAGUUCAUUGAACUACUCGAAAAGCAUCCUGAUCUGCUAUUAUCAAAAGCUAGUGUCACACACCAAGGGAGCAGUCUGUAUAUGCAGGCACCUCCGGUACUGGAAGAGAUGACCCGAUCAAACCUAAAUCUUCCACUUUUUGACCUAAUGGGUAAAACUUCAAGGGGUACAAUCCAUGUGACCGGUACAACCAGCAAGAACGACACGAAGACCUCUGUACUGAGAAAAUUACGUGUUUUUUUUAAGGGAGUUGAUGGGGUUACAGACAUGGAAAUGGCUGGCGGGGCAUAACUUAUGUAAUGCUUCUCAAUUUACUUUUGAAGCCAGAAGUUGUUAAAGCUUUUAAAACAUCCUCUCCAUCUCUCUCCGGUACCUUGAAAUUUAGAG